UAACGGUUGGCGUCAAGGUUACCUGUCCAAAUAUAUUUAAUGGAGAUAACUGGAAGCCAUUUUCCGUGCAAUAUUUAUCUUCUAACUUUUUGUCAAAUUUAUUUGAGUAAAAUAUUUGACAGAGUAACAUUGCCCUAUGCAACGAAACGAAUUUUGGUUAUUUUCGGUGUUCUUUAACAUUGCUCCCAUCAUAGUUGAGUGUAAUCUGUGUUUGUUAUUGUGUUGUUGAAUUUUGGUUUUGCUAAUGAUAUUUAUUUUUAUUUGUAGCUUUUUUUUGCGAUUUACGGAAUAUAUUCUGCAUCGUUUAUGCCAGUUUAAAGUAAAAUGAAUAAUAUUCGCACCAGCGAUGGUUACAGUGGAAUGGCCUACGACAGGUGGAUAGAGCAACAUGCUAGCGACACUUCUAAGUCUGCGAUGGCAAAAAUGCAACAUCAGUACUGGGUCACCAAGCAGACUGUGUUUCGCAAACUUGGGAAGAAAGAUGAUGCGUGUAUUGUGGCAUCAGAUGCAGAACUUGAUGCUAAGUUGGAGUUGUUUCGUUCAAUCCAAAACAGCUGCCUUGACCUACAGAGGAUCAUAGAUAAAUACCAGGAACGCUUGUGCAAUCUUGCCCAAGAAGAGAACUCCAUGGGUCGUUUCCUCAAGGAAGCUGGAAAAAACGAUAAAACUCGUGCUGGGAAAAUGAUGACAGCGGUUGGCAAGUCACUGUCUUAUUCAGGGCAGCAAAGACUUGCCCUCAGAGUUCCACUGAUGCGUUUGUAUCAGGAAGUUGAAACCUUUCGACACAGAGCAAUUGCAGAUACACUACAGAAUGUCAACUCCAUGGAGAAGGUUCGCACAGAGUACAGGGCGUCUUUGAACUGGAUGAAGAACGUUUCCCAGGAACUGGAUCCCGACACCUAUAAGCAGCUGGAAAGGUUCAGAAAGGUGCAGGCGGAGGUGCGCUGCAGCAAGCUGCGGUUCGACCAGCUCAAACUGGACUGCCUGCAGAAGGUGGACCUGCUGGCGGCGGCCCGCUGCAACAUGUUCUCCCACGCCCUCAUCCUCUACCAGAAGGUGCUGCUGCAGUUCGCCGAGAAGGCCAGCAACACCUUCCACAGCGUCGCAGAGAGCUUCCGAGGGUAUCAGCACUAUGAGUUCUCUGUGGUCACAGAGCUGACGGAAACUUCCCUGAAGCUCGCCGAUCAGACUAGCAGUGGUCUAGCCCAAGACGAGGAUAAGGACAAGUUAGCAACAAUGUUGGAUACUGUUGUUGUAUUGCUGUUUUUUGAAGCAGAGUAUCAUGACGAAACGUUGCCAUCAGGAAGCUCGGACAAAACUGAACAUCAGGCGGAAAGCCAGCCUGACAGCAGCUUAGGAAACAUGCUGUCAACAGAUUCAAAUGAUGAUGUACUUCUGGACUUUGACUUAGAUUUCCCUGAUGCCUUGAUGCAGUCACACACCAAGGAUACACCCGAGGCCGGGGAGCCUGACUUCCUGACAAGUGCCCCGGAGGUGGUGUCCCUGCUGGACGAGAUCCUGGGGAGGCAGCCGACGCAGGCUGAGCCCCACGGCGAAUGGGAGGCCUCGUUCGGGGCCGACCACGGAUCUUUCCUGCCAUCCCAGUUGCUGGAUCAGCUGUCCUCCCUGGACCUGGCCGGGGGUGAGACCGUCGCUGCCUCCCUGGCCGACAUUCAGCCUGCUCCGCCCCAGCAGCAAGCUGUGCACGCUCCCCAGCAGAGUCAAGAUAAGAGGACAGCAUGGUUCAACUUGUUUGCUGACCUGGACCCUCUGUCCGAUCCAGAUGCUUUGGACCGCAAGACAAAUCACGCAGAUCGCAACUGCUGAAGUCAAAGUAUAUUUAGGACUGCCUAUGAAUUGUCUCUGUUAUAAACAACAGGUUUCUAGUUAGGUGGUACUAAAUUCUGUGUGUGGUAAAAACUGAUAAAAGAAGCCUUUUACAUUUCUGGAAGGAAAAAAAAUACAAUUUUGGUAUGUUUGUUGCAUGUAAUUAAAACAUUUAUUGUGGUAAGAGACAAUUUAUAUUGUAAAAGUUA